AGUUCACCCGAUAAAAGCAGUUUCAACCACCACCUAUGAAUAGCAAAAGAGGACACUACUAAUACAAAACACAAUGGUCCUCCGAUUUGUAUUCACAGUUGUCUGCUUAAUUGGUGGUCUUCAUGAUGUAAUCUCGCGACAAGGAUGUUGCGGUCCAAAACAGUGGACUGGUGUUGCGAUUCAGAAACUUGGGAGAUACGACCACGAUUUGGAUGUUGCAUCUUUGGCCGAUAUUUCAACGAAUGUUGCUUACGACUAUGUCGCGAAAAAAAUAUCCCUUCAACAGAAAAUACACAAUAUUACAACGGAUAACACGGAUUUAGUGCAUGUUAUAUAUGACUUCAAACAAAAAACAGAGUACACAAUAACUAAUGGAAAAGUUUGCAUCGCGACCCCGAUCAGCGGAGAAAUGUGGCCCAACUGUGUACCAGAGAACGCAAGUCACUUGGGAACUUACAAUAUAUCCGGGCCUGUUGUGGAUGUCUACAGGGUGGUGACACCAGGUGGCGCUACAGUCAGAUUCAGCGUUACGUACGAACUUUGUUAUCCGGGCACCGAGAGCUUACUUACUUCCGGUCCGGUGUAUGAUUUAACCGUCAGUGUGUAUGAAAAUGUGACAAAAGGAAUCACCGAUCCUUCCGUGUUCAGUGUUCCCGUGUUUUGUCAUCAUAGACAGAUGAAGACAAAUUAUACUUCCUCCACCAUCACAGAGCUGAUUCACAGAUCUUUAUUAUCCUGGAGAUAAAGAACACUACUCCGACUAUCCUUUUUACAUGAUGCCAAAAAGAUGACGUCCGGAGGCAGAUGCAAUCGUUGAAAGAUUUGUCUGAUUAAUGUAUAAUUUAUAAAAUAUCAGUUUUUAAA